GCCUAUAAAUGCGGCCUCCCCGCCGGGGCAGGGGGAUUGCAUCGCAUCUCCUCUCGCUCUCUGUUGUGUGACUGAUUGCCAAGAAAGCUCUCUGCUUGCUUGUGUUCCAGCCUCUGAAUCUCGUGAGGAUGUCGUGCUGCGGAGGCAACUGCGGGUGCGGCUCCGGCUGCAAGUGCGGCUCCGGCUGCGGAGGGUGCAAGAUGUACCCGGACAUGACUGAGCAGGGCACCACCACCACCAGCCAGACUGUCAUCAUGGGCGUUGCACCAACCAACAAGGGGCACGCCGAGGGCGGAUUUGAGGCCGGCGCCGGAGCCGAGAACGGCUGCAAGUGCGGUGCCAACUGCACCUGCAACCCCUGCACCUGCAAGUGAGGAGCUCAUGGCCAUGGCCGGACCGGAGGAGAUCUGAAGCUAGUAUAGCGGCGUUGUGUGUGCGUCGUUCGUUUGUCUGAAAGUGUGUGUGGCAUGCUUAAUAACGGUGUUGCGCGUGCUGCUAGUAGAUGGUACUGAUGGGGAACAAUAAUAAUGAUGGUGCUGAGAUGUCGUCGGCGUCGCCGCCGCCGUCGUGUCCUUCCUCCCCGGCCGGUCGGGCACCUGUGGCGGUGCUCUAGCAGUGUGUUGUGUGUGCAGCAGACCAUGCUCUGAUCUUUGUGGUGUAUGUGUGUGGCCUGCUGCUUGGUGUCCCUAGUGUCAUGUGUAACCAUCCAUCUAUAUCUAUCUACAUCCAUCUUGUGUACU